CUGCCUGGAACACCAACGCCAACACCGGUGCACAGUGUCAGAGGUACGUGGCGCUGAAGGAGCUAAUGAAGGACCAGAAGCAACAGACCUACUGGCAGGAGACGGGGCGAUGGGGGGGCUACGAGGAGAGCUUCGACCCUCAGGCAGGGGUUUGGGCGUCCUCGCACAUCUCCUACCUCACCUUCAAGAGCCUCAUCCAGCUCCGACGCACCAUGAACACAGGGGUGACGAUUUUCGACUGUGAAGAGCGGACCCUGGCCAGCAUCGCUGAGAAGAUGGUCAACGAGAUGGUUAACAAGAAGGAGAUCAGACCUGGAGACCGGGAAGGACUGCUGAAAUCUCUGCUUCAAAACCGCAGCCAAUCAGAUGACCCAGAGAGCCAAGCCCUUACUGAUGGGUUGGACUUGCAGAAGUUCUCAGUCAAGGAAAGGAGGGAGGAAUCUGACAAUGUAGAGGCCUCCAUGGUGCUAGUAGGAGCCUUGGACUUUCUGGAAAGGCCCACAGUUGCGUUUGUACGUCUGAAGGAAUCGGUAGUGCUCGACUCUGCCUUGGAGGCCCCAAUGCCUGUACGCUUUGUCUUUGUUCUGGUUGGCCCAAGCAAGACCGACAUGGACUACCACGAGACUGGCCGUGCUAUGGCAGCACUAAUGGCUGAUAAAGUAUUCAAUCAGGCAGCGUUUCAGGCAAAGAGCGCCCGUGAGCUGACAGACGCCGUGGUCGACUUCAUGGACUGCAGCAUCGUCAUCCCGCCCACCGAGAUCCAGAACGAGGCGAUGCUCAGUUCGAUUAUUAGCUUUCAGAAGAAACUGCUGCAGGACAGGUUACAGGCCUCCGAACCCCCACUCCGCCUGGACUCCAAGCCUCGCAGGGUUUCCAUCUCUACCGGGCCUCCACCUGAAGACCCCCUGUCCCGCACUGGUCAACCGUUUGGCGGCAUGAUUCGAGACAUGAAGAGGCGCUACCAGUACUACAAGAGUGACAUCACAGAUGCUCUUAACGUCCAGGUCCUUGCUGCCGUCAUCUUCAUCUACUUUGCCGCCCUGUCUCCUGCCAUUACCUUUGGAGGACUGCUGGCUGAUAAGGUGGACAACAUGAUGGGUGUUCCAGAGCUCCUCAUCUCCACCAGCAUUCAGGGGAUCAUCUUCUGCUUCAUCGCUGCUCAACCAGUCCUGGUCAUUGGUUUCUCUGGUCCUCUCUUAGUGUUUGAGGAGGCCUUCUUUGCUUUCUGCAAGUCCCAGGGCAUUGAGUAUAUUGUGGGCAGAGUGUGGGUUGGAGUGUGGCUGAUCAUCAUUGUGGUGGUCAUUGUGGCGUUUGAGGGCAGCUUCCUGGUUCGUUUCAUCUCCCGCUUCACCCAGGAAAUCUUCUCCAUCCUCAUCUCCCUCAUCUUCAUCUAUGAGACUUUUGCCAAGCUAGGGAGGAUCUUUAAGGCCCAUCCACUGAUUCUGAAUUACGAUCAUCUGAAUUCAACUAUAGAGAAUCCCUGGCACCCGAAGGUGGAAGAAACAGUCAUAUAUGACAAUACUACUGGAAACUCGACUGUCAUUGUCAACACUAUUAAGCCUCCUUACCCCAACACAGCCCUGCUCUCCAUGUGCCUCAUGUUAGGCUGCUUCUUUAUCGCCUUCUUCCUGCGGCAGUUCAAAAACGGCACUUUUCUUCCUGGAAAGGUCAGACGUUUGCUUGGUGACUUUGGUGUGCCUAUUUCCAUUUUCCUCAUGGUUGUCGUGGACUACAAUAUUGAGGAUACUUACACUCAGAAACUAGUGGUUCCCAAAGGUCUGAUGGUGUCAAACCCAGCCAAAAGAGGCUGGCUUAUCAAUCCCUUUGGAGAGCACCAGGCUUUCCCUGUGUGGUUGAUGUUCGCAUGCUGCAUCCCAGCCAUGCUCGUCUUCAUUCUGAUCUUUCUGGAGUCUCAGAUCACAACACUGAUUGUGAGUAAACCUGAGAGGAAGAUGGUCAAAGGCUCUGGGUUCCACUUUGACUUGCUGGUUUUAGUCAGCAUGGGAGGACUCAGUGCAAUAUUUGGUGUGCCGUGGCUCAGCGCUGCCACGGUGCGAUCUGUCACCCACGCCAACGCCCUUACCGUCAUGAGCAAAGGACCAAAACCUGUGAUUGAGAAGGUGAUGGAGCAGAGGAUCAGUGGCAUUCUGGUGGCGCUGCUGGUUGGUCUGUCAAUUCUGAUGGAGCCGAUCCUAAAGAUGAUUCCCAUGUCGGCCUUGUUUGGGAUCUUUCUCUACAUGGGAGUUACAUCACUCAAUGGCAUCCAGCUAUGGGAUCGUAUGCUGCUUCUGCUCAUCCCUAAGAAAUAUCACCCUGAUGAACCCUACGCCACCAGAGUGAGCACAGGACGAAUGCACUUUUUCACAGCUAUCCAGAUUGUCUGCCUUGCCAUUUUGUGGAUUGUUAAGUCCAGUCCAGUAUCCCUCGCACUUCCCUUUAUACUCAUCCUCACCAUCCCACUACGCAUGUUCAUGACCGGGCACCUCUUCACUAAACUGGAAAUGAAAUGUCUGGAUGCUGACGACGCCAAAGUGACAUUCGAGGAGGAGCCGGGGCAGGAUGUAUACUGUGAAUCACAGAUGCCAUUGUAGAUGUAUCUAUCUUCUGUGACAGCUGCCAGCAAUAUUUUAUUUUAACAGAAAGAUAUUUAUUUUAUAUAUGGCUCAAAUGAAUGUUUCAUCUACCUAUGAGCACAUGUUUUGAGUGUUUUUUCAUAAAGAGUGCAGAUAUAGAUUCUAUCUUCAUAGUAAAGCUGUCAGGCAUUCCUGAAGAGUUUUAAACAGUCACUCAGGUAAAUUAUUUGCAUUAUGUUGUUUUGUUUCUAAUAGCUUGUGCCUUACACUCUGCUGGAAAACUUCAUAAAACAUUAUUAUUUUUAUAAAGAACAAAUAUGUAAAUGUUUUAAGCAUUUAUAAUAGAUGAAUACAAAGUGAAAUAAAACAUCUUCAUCAUCAUUCCAGCACUCCAAAAAUGGACAGAUUAAAUGCUGAAUGGAAAAUAUUAAAAGCAAAAAUGUUAUGUUUUUCCAAGCAUUUGUACAUUGAAUGUAAUGUUGUAAGAUGUGAAACUUGUUGUAUUCACUUGCUUAAUGCAAGUAAAAUCCAGACUCUGAAUUAAAUAAUACA